GCCGUCUACAUCAUGAAAACGGUGGUAGGAGGAAUAUAUACAUCAAAAGGAGAAGAGAAGUAACAUUUAAUUGGGACAUCUGCUAUGAUAGCGAGUUACUUAGGUCACAAGGUCGAGGUCGAAUCUGAGGGCAGAGACAUUAUAGUCUUUUUUCCUAUCUUGUCUACUAGGCCUUACUGAAGAAAAUAAAUAUGAAGUUUACCACCUGUAGCCCCUGUAGACGUAAGAUCAACAGAUGCUCGGAAAAUCGUACGUAGUUCCACCAGUCAAAGCCAAAUACCAGCGAAGUGUUUGUAUAUAUGAACUGUGGUACAGGAUUUUGGAAUAGGGAGUCUACAUCAUUGUUCACUCUCCAUAUGAUCCUACCUCCUUGCUUGGUGCCUUAUUCUUUUGAUUAACGUUGUGGAAUCCUUUGCAAAUAUGGUGGACCCAUCAGAAAAGAACCAACAAGGAGUAUAGAUAAAACCUGAAUCGGAAUGAACUCGUGGGGGAAUCUCACGCAUCUGUCCAUGAUACUAGACAGAGCUGAGUGUGGCCAAGUCGAUAUCCUUGGUGUGACAUCGAAACGUCAUCGGUGGUCAUUGGUGGAUGUCUUCACAAACUGCUUUUGAUGACAGCACCAAUUGCACCACCUGUACACAUUCUAUAUGAAGUCACCUCGUCUUAACUCCUUGUAUUUGCUGCGCUUGUGAAACAGGGUAUUGUUGUCAUCUUUUUUUGUGUGUGUGUAUCAGUGGGAUCACGUGAGUUUUCUUUUGUUUCUUAGAACAUUCGGACGAAUCUGCGAAAGUUGUCGUUUUGUUAGAUGUCUCUUUUCAUUUCUUGGCUCAGAAACAUGUUCAAUAUGUGUUACCCUUGACCUGAAUAGAGGAUCUUCUUGGAGAUGUAACCAAAAGAAGGGGGAAAAUGUGCCGGAAUCUCCUUAUAAUUUGGAUACUCUCACUUCUCUAAGUAACAAUCAGUCGAACAUGGACCUGGAUUAAUACAUAUAACUUCUAUCACAAUUUCUCGUUUAAUUCGGAAAAUGAAAUAAUUCAUAAAGAAUAAACAAUCACUGAUAAUUUCAGUCCAUAAAUAUAGCUGUUUUAGGUCUUUAGGUACCCGAAUCCUUACACCGACGCUGACGGGACAGUUCUUAGAUUAUUUAUAUUUUGUUGAGAGGCCUACUAAAUAACAUCACUUUAAUUGAGCUGAGUGUACGGUAACACCCAUAAAACUCGAGACUGGAAAUUUGUGGAAGAAUAUUAUCAUUCCUGAUCUUACUGGUGGAGUGUGGAACAAAUUUGGAUAGAAUAUCAACAAGAAACUAGUUUCUGUGGACAAUGAAUAUGACAGCGUUAAAAAGAGGAUGUGUGUUUUCUGUAUUACUUGUUAUAUGUGUCAUCGGAGGGUCAUCUGCAAGACGGAAACAAAAACAGACCAGACCAAGCCCAGCAAGAGUUGAUGAGCCAUCAGAUUCAUGCCAAAUUACAUGCGAUAGAAAUGAGCAUGUGAACACGUCUUUAUGCAGGUGUGAAUGUGACGAGGGGUUCAGACGUUCCAGAUAUCAAAGAUGCGAAGAUAUUAAUGAGUGCAGAGAGCACCCUCGACGUUGCAAAGGAACAUGUACCAAUAAUCCUGGUUCUUUUGAAUGUAGAUGUCGCCAUGGAUACGUUCUUCAUACUAACGGCUGGGAUUGUUAUUUAGCUCCAAAACCAUUAUUAUGUUCAGGUUUGGCUUGCUAUGAUAACUCCAGACUAGAUAUCAAUAGAUGCGAAUGUAGCUGCGGCCAUGGAAUGAGGUAUAAUUUCAUCACAGAAAUUUGCGAAGAUAUCAAUGAGUGUGCUGAGGGUCUGAAUAGCUGUGAGCAAGGUUGUAUCAACACCCAUAGGAGUUAUAUAUGUUACUGUCACGCGGAUUAUCUCAUUAACCAAGAUAAUAGAACAUGCUCUCGACUCCCUGCUAAACCAGAAUCGCUCCCUUGUGAUGGAAUGCAAUGUUUGUUUGGAAUAUCGCUCGAUAGAUAUCACUGUGAAUGCAUAUGUGAAGAAGGUUUUUACUACCAUGAACGCCGAGGAACUUGUGAGGAUAUAGAUGAAUGCCUAGAAUACGAUGAUUGGUGCGAUGGUCCAUGUGUUAACGAACCCCAUGGCUCCUACACAUGUUCGUGUCCUAGUGGUCAGGACCUUGAUAAAGAUGGAUGGACCUGCAAGGAUAUAGAACCGCCUCCUAAAGGAGCCAUCUUGGAUGACUGUACGGAUCAACAUUUCAUGUGCAAGAGCAGAAUGCAAUGUAUGCCAGACGAACUGGUGUGUGAUGGAUAUGGCGAUUGCGGUGACCGCUCCGAUGAGAAAGACUGCAAACAAUCGUGCAAUUCUCAGGAUUUUCCAUGUGCCAAUGGAGAAAAAUGCAUCCACAGAGAUUCAGCCUGUGAUUCAACUAACGACUGCGGUGAUUGGUCAGACGAGCUAGAGUGUGGAUGUCGAGAUGAGAGGGAUGAAUGCAGUGCUUGGCAGUUCCGAGGAGAAUGUGAAAGCAACCCUGGUUGGAUGAACUGGCAUUGUCGUAUGAGCUGUGGACAAUGUACAGAGGGGGAUGGAACCCCUAAUGGAACACUAUCAGAGGAAACAGAGACUGGAGCUUACUUUAUCAGAAAUUCAGCACAAUAUUCUACGUAUCUUCAGUAUACGAGACGUAAUAAGGGCGAUCGACAUGGUUCUGCACUCAACUCAUGGCGAUGUGAUCAUGUAGGUCCAGUGCCUGCACAUGUAAGGGUCAACAUGGGUCUAAGUCCCUUCUAUCAGAAGUACACGAACGCUUACGCAAUCCCAAUAGUGGCGUCAUCACGUGUGUCUGACGCUGCAAUCAAACGUGCAUGUUACGUCGUACGCGUCAUGUUGGCAGAUCGGAGAGACCUCAGGCAAGAGAUGUAUAAGAAAUUCAUGCGUGUCGCCAUCUUAGCAGAGAAUGAACUCACCAUUCAUUUGCCUGAACACUCGCAUCUCGAUGAAAGUUAUAACGAUCGUAUUCGAUCAUUAGGAGGUACAUUAUAUAUCCCCCUUGCGUCAGCUGCUGAGGAGAAUCUAUUAUGUCGUGACAGUGACCGGUGGUUUGAUGAGGAUACAUUAGUUCAUUCACUUGCACAUAGCAUCUUAAAGAUAGGUCUUGCGUCAGACAGGGUGUUUAGUCGUAAGCUUGGCGCAGCCUACUACCAUGCACGACGGGAACAUCUCUGGGCUAAUUCACGCUCUGACGACUCUAUGGAUGAGUACUUUGCCGACGGAGUUCAGAGUUACUUCAAUGUGUUAGCACCGUAUAGAUAUGGAGUUCAUACAGGAGUAGACAGGAGAGAGAAAUUAGCUAGAUAUGAUCACGCCCUCUAUAAGGUCAUGUUAGAAGUCUUCCCAUGUCAAAAUAAGAUGAUAGAUCGCUGUAGUUUUAAUCCAGAAUCUUUAUCUGAGAUGGACCAAUUAUUUGUGAAUUGCCAGAUAGAUGAACCAGAAGAACCAGAAGUGACAGACACACCUACCACAGCGGCACCACAAUCUCAGUGUGUAGAUAAAAAUGAAGAUUGUGCAGCUUGGGCGGAGAGGGGUGAGUGUACUGCAAACAAGCGGUACAUGAAGAAGAAUUGUCGGUUAAGCUGUGGAGUGUGCACCCGACCAGAACCUGAACCUGAGGUAGACGUGGUUCCACAAGAACCAGAUCCUCCUACUCAUCCCAUAGAUGUACCACAUAGAGUAUGUGAAGAUCAAGAGGGUCAUUGUCAAGACUGGGCUAGACGAGGAGAAUGUGAGAUUAACCCAACAUGGAUGAGACCAAACUGUAGAAGAUCAUGUAACGCGUGUGAUGAUGAUCCUAAUUGUUAUGACAGUAGCAACAACUGUGCUGAAUGGGCGUCUGACGGAGAAUGCGGUAAAAAUGAAAGUUAUAUGACAACCCACUGCAGAAUGAGCUGUGGUUUAUGCUGAGCAGCUAACUACAUUCCAGAAAGUACUUCUAAAUCAUGGAAAGGGAAUGUUCAUUUCACAUUAUUUAGGGACUAACACGACGGUUACUCAGGAGGACAGUGGGGAGUUCAACGAAGCACGAUGAAUUCUACAACACAGAAAAUCUAUUGCCAAAUACCCUUCUUGACAAUGAUAAACCAAGAAAUCUUUGUCGAAAAAUGAUGAAUCAAUGCAGCAGUUUCGUCCUGGACUCUGGACAAACGGCAUAUUUGCAAUAUUUCGCCAUCUCCGAAACUUAGGACGAAACUGUUGUUCCGGUUCACCAAUUUUCGACAAAGACCUCCCAGCUGUUCAUUGUCAUUACACAGGCAUUUUCAGUACAUUUAAUGUGUUCUUGAAUCUGUUAUUCACCGCAUUAGCGAGAAAUCCCUACUAGCUCAAAAGGGAACGCGAAUCCAAACGAAUAGUCCGUCUGCGCAUAACCGAAUAUUCGAGCGCAUUCCAUCUUAACGUAUUUCAUGACAUGGAUCAAUUAAAGUACAGCGGAGACAAUUAUUCUCUGUUAAAUCCCUGCGAUGACACUGUGUGCCAUGUGGGUAUAAUGUUGGUUGGUGCGAUGAUCCAGG